UUCACAUCCUCCGGCCACCAGCUCACCAUCCUGUUCCGCAGCGACUACAGCAUCACCGGCAGAGGUUUCCAGGCCUACUACUCCUCAUUUCUUGCCUUCAACAGCACCACAGCACCACCUGCUUCCAACUGGACAACCACCGAGACAGCAUCCUCAGAAGAUUAUUCUUGUGGUGGCCUGCUUUCCUCUUCAUCUGGUACAUUACAGAGCCCAUUUUACCCCGGAAAUUAUCCAAACAAUGCCAACUGUGUGUGGGAAAUAGAAGUAAAGAGCAACUUCCGUGUCAUGCUUAGAUUUGGAGAUAUUCAGAUGGAAGGUGGUAGAUGCCUCUCUGACUACAUAGAAGUCUAUGACGGGCCCCUGCACACCUCUCCUCUCCUUGGGAAGUUCUGUUCUGGUUAUUAUCGCACAUACACGUCCUCCUCAAACCUGAUGACCGUCCGAUUCCACAGCAACUCUCGAUACACUUACAGAGGGUUUCAGGCCAACUAUUACUCCACUCCAGGAGAUGACAGCACAACCCUGCUGUGUUUGCCAGACUACAUGCACGUAGUUGUGAGCAGAUACUUCCUUCAGUCCCACGGCUACUCUGUUUGGAAUCUCACCCUGAAUGACCCCUUUUGCAAGCCCAACAUCUCCUCAGAGUCUGUUGCCUUCGACAUUCCCUACACUCACUGUGGCACAGUCAGAGAGGGAAACAACGACACAAUCAGCUACUCCAACGUUAUUAAAGGGUCCUCUGCUGAUACUGUAAUCACAAGAAACAGAAAUCUCCACCUGCAUGUCAACUGCAAGAUGCUCCAGGACACAUGGGCACAGACGAUGUACGUCGCGGACAACAAUUUUGAAGUCAAUGAAACUCAGUACAGCAGAUACGACGUAAACCUUACGUUUUAUGACUCUUCAUACUUCUCACGGCCAGUGUACGACUCACCAUACUAUGUCCAUAUCAACCAGAAUUUGUUCCUUCAAGCCUACCUGCACAGCUCUGAUCUAAACCUGAUGCUGUUUCUGGACACGUGUGUGGCAUCUCCAACUCCCCACAACUCUACGGCAGAAACCUAUGACAUCAUCCGGAAUGGGUGUGUUCGAGAUUCUACCUAUGCUACAUAUUAUUCACCCCGCAGAAACAUCCUGAGGUUUAAAUUCAAGGCCUUCCAGUUUGUCUGGAGCAAUCCAGAGGUUUACCUGCGCUGUGAACUGGUGGUGUGCAGGGCCUCUGACUACUCUUCCAGGUGCUACCAAGGCUGCAUUAACAGGUCCAAGAGAGAGGCAACCUCUGACCAAGAAAGCGUGAUUGUUGUUGCCGGCCCAAUACAGCUUUGGGAACGCGAUAAUGAGAACAGGAAUGAACUUGGAUCUAAGUAAAACUGCCUCCUUUGACAGAUAGGUCUUUCAGUGCCAAGUGAGUUCUGAAAGAAACUAUGCUGCUAGAUUACCAGAAGCUCUAGGAUGAACAUUAGGAAUGUG